AUGAUAAGUGGAACGGGCCCAGCACUGAAUUGGACCGACACUGUAACAUUCUGGCGCGGCCUGUGGUCUGAACCUGUAAACCACAGCGGGGGCCCUUGGACGGAAGUUGUGGCGAGUCAGUGUGCGAGUAUAACGCCCAUCGACCCCGUCAUUAUUACGCCGCAUGACGUAGCCGAGGCGGUCCUUAGGGCCCCGAACUGGAAAACUCCGGGACUCGACGGGCUGCAUCACUACUGGCUGAAGGGGUUUGUGGUGUGUCACACUAUGCUCGCCCGACAGUUUCAAGAGGCUCUCAACCAGAAGUCGCUUCCAAGCCUCUUCACUACUGGGAUCACUCAUUUGGUACCUAAAGACCAGGAUACUAUAGAUAAAAUACCGUGA